GACCCUAAGAUAGUGUCGGCGCUGGAGGCUGCUGGGAAGGUGGAGGGCGAUCUGGAGGGCUGCAUCUGUGUGUGCAGCGGCACCGACCUGGUCAACCUCACCUCCACCUACAUGGUGGCAGAGACCGCCGACAUCGCCAAGCGAUGGACGGAUGGCUUGAGGUCGGUGAUUCACAACUUCAAAGCAAACAACGUGAGUCCCAUGACCUGCCUGAAGAAACACUGGAUGAGGUUGGCGUUUCUCACGAAUGUGAGUGGGAAGAUUCCGGUGCGAAGCAUCACGAGGACCUUCGCCUCGGGGAAAACGGAGAAGGGCAUCUUCCAGGCCCUGAAGGACCUGGGCCUGCCCAGCGGAAAGAAUGAUGAGAUUGAGCACUCGGUGUUCACCUUCGACAUCUUCUACACGCUCAUACAGAAGAUCUGUCCCAGAACCGACAUAGAAGAGCUGUUCAAGAAAAUCAAUGGAGACAAAACUGAUUAUUUAAGCGUAGACCAAUUAGUCAGCUUUCUGAAUGAACACCAACGGGACCCGCGCCUGAACGAGAUCUUAUUCCCCUUCUAUGAUCCGAAACGAGCCAUGCAGAUCAUCGACAAGUAUGAGAGAGACGCCCAACUCAGGAAGAAAGGCCGUAUGUCCAGUGACGGGUUCUGUCGGUACCUGAUGUCGGACGAGAACGCGCCCGUGUUUCUGGACCGGUUGGAGCUGUACCAGGAGAUGGACCAGCCGCUGGCCCACUACUUCAUCAGCUCCUCCCACAACACAUACCUGACGGGCCGCCAGUUUGGAGGGAAGUCCUCCGUGGAGAUGUACCGGCAGGUGCUGCUGUCAGGGUGCAGGUGUGUGGAGCUGGAUUGCUGGGAUGGGAAGGGUGAAGACCAGGAGCCGAUUAUAACGCACGGGAAAGCCAUGUGCACCGACAUCCUGUUCAAGGACGUUAUCCAGGCCAUUAGAGAGACGGCGUUUGUGACCUCUGAGUACCCCGUCAUUCUGUCCUUCGAGAACCACUGCAGUAAGCCUCAGCAGUAUAAGAUGGCGCGGUACUGUGAGGAGAUCUUCGGGGACCUGCUGCUGAAGCAGCCACUGGAGUCCUUCCCUAUCGAGGCAGGGCGGCCCCUGCCCUCCCCCAUCGACCUGAAGAGGAAAAUCCUCAUCAAAAACAAGCGCCUGAAGCCUGAAGUCGAGCAGAAGCAGCUGGAGUCCUUUAAGAAGCACAUGGAGGCCGGAGAGACCAGCACCCCCGCCAACAUCCUGGAGGACGACGCCGAGGAAGACCUGGAGAACCCUGAGGGUAAGGAGGGAAACCCAGAGCCCGGAGAGAAAGAAGCGCUUGGCAACAGCGUGAAAAAGGUUCCUGACGACGAGGCGACAGAAAUGUCGGAGAUCACUGAAGUCACAGACGCUACAGACGCUACAGACGUGUCCGAGUCCUCAGACCAGGACAACAACAAGAAGGGCGGUGAGAAUGCUGAGGAUGAUGAGCAGGCCCUGAUCGCCUCCUACACGUAUGUGGGCGCCACCACCAACAUCCACCCCUACCUCUCCGCCAUGGUCAACUACGCCCAGCCCGUCAAGUUCCAGAGCUUCGACGUGGCAGAAG